AUGAACAACAAAGUGGCGUCCUGGUUUUACAGCUGCCUAUGCUGUGUGCAUAAUGUGGGCGCAGCUGAGCAACCUGAACAGGUGAAUGCACUGCCCAAUUGUCUAACCUAUAGACAAAUAGCAGGCUUAGGUGUUGGAGCCAGCUCAGCACCCUCGAAGCGUGUGCCUGUGCUGUUUACCACAAAUCGUGGACUCUAUGUACGUGUGGCACAAUCAUCAGCCAGCAAACAUGAAUAUGAAAUAAACUUUUGUGAUCUGGAGCGUUGGAGCACCAAACGCGCUAAUGUAGUUAGCCUGGAGGAUUCGUUCAGCUUAGUGCAGCAGCCACGAAGUUGGAACAACUAUGCGCUGUAUAAUAAACUUUAAUUGCGAAUUUACUUAAAUGAC